CAAGUAGCCGUUACCCUGGAAACCAAGCUAAACAACUGUUGCUCUGCGUAUUUAGCUAAUUGUGUCAAAGCGGGAUGCCACACUGAGCGUUACUUUGACUUUGACUUCGAAAGUUAGUUUUAAGAAUUGAAUAACACCAUGGGUUUCGAUUACUACGAAACGCUGGGAAUAAACAGAAAUGCAACAGACGCAGAUAUCAAAAAGGCAUAUCGACGGCUUGCGUUGAAGUUUCACCCGAGCAGUAACGGAGAACCUGGAAGCACCGAGAAGUUCAGUCAGUUGGGCGAAGCCUACGAUGUUUUGAGCGACCCUCGAAAAAAGGCAACGUAUGACAAGUUUGGUGAGGAGGGUCUAAAAGGUGGUAUUCCAGCUGAGUUUGGCAUCGGAGGGGCUUGGUCAUCUAAAUAUGUCUACCAUGGGAAUCCAGAUAAAACAUUCAGACAGUUUUUCGGAGGUGACAACCCAUUUGCAGACUUCUAUACAAAUGAUGUACCACUUCAGUUCGGUGGCCUGCAACCAGGAGUGGUGAAGACACAAGAUUUCCCAAUAGAGAGAGACCUUCAUUUGUCCCUGGAUGAUCUCUUCCAUGGAUGCACAAAAAAGAUAAAGAUUUCUCGCAGGAUUAUGAAUGAGGAUGGAUAUACAUCCAGUAUCAAAGACAAGAUCCUGUCUAUAGAUGUAAAGCCUGGGUGGAAAGAAGGCACAAGAAUAAUUUUUUCCAAAGAGGGAGAUCAGGGACCAAACAGCAUCCCUGCAGAUAUUGUGUUUAUAGUGCGACAGAAGAGUCACCCUCUUUUCGUAAGACAACAUAAUGACCUGAUCUACAAGGCCCAGGUCUCUUUGGAGAUGGCCUUGACUGGCUUCUCUGUGGAUGUGGAGACACUAGAUGGCAGGCUACUCAAUAUUCCCAUCAAUGACAUUGUUCACCCUACAUACAAAAAAGUGGUGACUGGAGAGGGAAUGCCGCUGUCCCAGGAUCCUUCACAGAGAGGAAACCUCAUCCUUACUUUUGACAUCCAGUUCCCAGAGAAGCUCCCCGCUGAGAGGAAACAUCUGAUCAAACAAGCUCUAAAAUAAAUA